GUCGGUGCAAAGAAGUGCAGCACCGCCGCUGCUGCUGCGGCAAUAAACGGAGCUGAGCAGACCGACUACAUCCGGGCAACACGCAGCUUGCGCAGAAACGGAAUGGCGGAGGUGGGUGGAAAGCAUCUGGACAUGAGUGCAGAGGUCGUGGCUUAGUGGAGAGCGAUGAAGGCCCUCAGCUGGAGACGCAGAAGUCUGAACAGGUCUUAGAGGAGCUGGAGGAGAAGCGUCCUCGCUCCAUGAAGAUGGCAGCACAGUCCCACACUGCCGGUGAGCUUCCCUUGGAGGAGCUGCUGGCUUUGUACGGUUACACAGUAUCAGACCCAGAGAAGGAGACCUGUCACAUGGCUGCCAGCCUGCCAGGCAUGACACUGGACAAGGAUCAGAUAACUGAAGAUCUGUUUCCUGUGGAGGAGGAAGAGGAAUCAUCAGCCGAUGACAUCACUCCCUCAGUCACCUCAAACACCUCAGAUCUGCUCCGCCGCCUCCAAGGUGGAGACAAAGACACAUUAGUCAGCUCGUCAGAUGAGGACUCUGAUGACGCCUCUAUUCCCUCCAAUGAAGAGCACAAGGAGAUCAUGGUGGGCUCCAUGUAUCAGGCAAAAAUCCCUCCAAUCAGCCCGUACACCCACCAGGAGAGAGCCUACAGCAGUGAAGACCAGUUGCUGUGGACGCCGGGGGUUCUGCCGGUGCAGGAAGUAGAGGAGUUCUUGUUGAAUGUACAGACAGCACGAGGCCAAGAGGGGGCAGUAUUCACACAAGGGGCCACUGUCCAAGACAACGAGCAGGCACUGUAUGAACUAGUGAAAUGCAACUUCAAUGCAGAAGAGGCACUGAGGCGAUUUCGUUUCAAUGUCAAAGUUUUCAGUGAAGAGCUUUGUUCCUGGAGCGAAGAGGAGUGCAGGAACUUUGAACACGGCUAUCGAGUUUACGGGAAAAACUUCAACCUCAUUCAGGCUAAUAAGGUACGAACGCGCUCCGUGGGAGAGUGCGUGGAGUAUUACUACGUGUGGAAGAAGUCCGACCGGCACGUGUACUUCACCCAACAGACCACCAGGCUGAGCCGCAAGAAGUACAGCCUGCAAUCAGGGAGCAUGGAGGACGGUGACCAGGACGGGGAAGCUGGAUACCUGGAGGGAAGCAACAGUUCCUCAGGGUUGUUGUCUCACACCUCUAUGGGCACUGGGCAACUGGAGUCCACAUUACCUCCACAGUCGAACCUGGAUCUGGACAAACAAGAUGGUGAGCUGGUGAUGGGUCUGUCAGAGCUGUGCGGUGACGACUGCCCUCAGCAGCUGUUUGGAUGUCCCUUCCCCCUGCCGCCCAUCGAUGACCUGAGGGAUUCUGGCUCCGACAGUUGUUGUCCUUCAGCUCCGGUCCAGCUCCAGUCUCAGCCGUCUGCUCAGGCCUCCCAGUGGAGCUCUCCAUCCCUCCACCACGACCACGGCCUCCCAAACUCCUGCUUCUACCAGCUGCACAUGCGCGGUGAACCUUUUGUCUCCGACGGCCCUGACUGUGGAACGGCAGGCGGCGAGGCCGGCGCCCCCCAUCGGCUGCAAGUGGAGUUCAGCCUCCCGUCCGCCUCGCCUCCUUCAUCUGCUGUCCUUCCGUCACACUUCCAGGCAUUUGGCAGCCUGCUGCAUCCCUCCCCCGUCCAGCAUCCCCGCUCGCUCACACAGUGAGGAGGACAUGGAAAUAUGUAAACUGAGUGGUACUGUUUGUGAUUCGGCCCGUGUAGAGAUCUUCGAUUGGUCUUUACACCAGCGUUAAAGAAACCAGGACAAAAAGUGCAUUUACGAAACUUUUUUUUUUUUUGGAAAAUGAUGGACCUACUACCUGCGUUAGAGGGAGUUUCUCAUCCGUCUGAAUCCUGUUUUUAAACUGAGACACUUGAACCCUCUGUCCGUUGUGGAAUGACGAGUGUGUUAAUCACUAUUUUCAGGCAUUGAUUUUGUGUAUAUUAACAGUUUAUCACCACGGGGCGAUUCUGUUCAUUGGUUCCAAUGAAAGCACAGUACAGGUGAUGAGAGCUGCUGUCCAUGUUUAUUUACUUAAACGCAUCGAGGAUCGACAACGUUAACCACUGCUGCUUUGUUUUCGUAUUUAUCAUGACGGAAAAGUUUGACCUGCUGCUCAGAUUUUUCCUAAAUUCUGACCACAAGAGCCAGUUUCUUUACGUUUUCAUAUCAAAUCAGCACUUUCACUGCUUCAGCAUUUCAGAUCUGUCAGUUCCUCACAUGACGUGGAUGGAGAAACUCAAAGUCUGUCCACUCAAACAACACAGAAUAGUUUAUUUAAAAGUUAACAUCAAAUCUUCUGAGUCUUUAACUGGCUCUUCUGUUUUUUUUAUUUCUUGAUCUUGCCUCUUGCUCUUAGCGUGUUUUUAGAGUUUUGCCCCAAAAGUCAACCUUUCUCAAGAGUUUAGCAGAGACCUGGAACUAAAGAACAUAUUCUAAUUUGAAUAUGAGGUGGUUUAAAUUAUUGGUUUGUUUUUGAGGAAAUUUUCAUCCUGGUUCUUCCCCAAAAAUCUGUAGAGCGAUUUAUGAAGGUGCAGUGCUUUUGUCAUGAUUUAUGAACACCGUUACUGCUCUGAUGAACCUCUAGUACCACGAAAAGCCUGGAACAGACUUAAAAUACAAUGCUGAAAUGUAAAAUGAACACACUAAGCUUCUCAGGUUCUGCAAAUUCAAUGAUAUCCAAAACCUUCAAUUAGCAGCGAGAGUCUGGACACGUGUGAAACAUCCGGUGAAAAAGGUGGUUGUAGCAUUACGGCUUGAUGGUCUGAUGGUGAUGACGGAUGCUGUGGUCCAAAGAUCUUUCUAACAUGGAAGUUCAGGCAUCUUAUGUUUGCCUCUUGAAGCCUCCUUUUAUGAUUUAGUGGAACACGCUGGCUUCUAUCAAAAAAAAGCAGGUGCACGAUAAAAGUUUGUUGAGAAACAUCUGGAGCGUAUUUUGUUAGACCAGAUGAUGCUCCAGAAGUGAGAUGAGGAUUCUGUGUUUUAUUCAGAUAGCUAAGUAGACCUCUUCUUGCAGCAAGCCCUGCAGAGCUGGUUUGCUUUUUGAGAACCAAAACUGAAUUUAAACAGCCUCAACAAAACAUUAAAGUGACGUCCAGUACAGUGAAGAUCGACGUAAACUCACACUGGUGUUCAAAGAAAGUGCAUCACUCGUUAAAACUGUAAUUAACAUGCAAAUAACCUCAGUAUAGAGCGAUAUUUCUUCCAGCUUGCGUCAGUUAAGACUGACUCUGCAGCUCUGGGAGGGUUGCAGUCACUCCUUGCUUGUGUCAGACUGGCGCCUUUUCUUCUUGUUUUCCAUUUAAAAUGAUAAACUGAAGCAACUUGAGGGCCAUAAAUGCAGUGUUUACCAAAACUGUUAUAUAAAGGUUGUAAAUUUUGCAAUAUUUUGAGAUCACCUUUCUAAUGUUAGUUAGCUUUGCCUUAACUAUUAAUAAAUAUCUUUUGUGUAUAUUUCUAUCUGUGCUGCUAGUCAUUAAUGUAACAUACCAUGAUGGAUAAAAGGGUUAGAAAUGUGAAAUUCCUCUGUGAUACACUUUCUUUUGACAACAGUGUAGUUAGAGCAGUCAUUGACUUUCAUUGGAUUAUUUAUUAUUAUGUAACACAUGGAUGGGCGCCGGUCAUUUCAGUAAAUCCUGUAUUGAUUUGUGCAUUUCUUCAGAUUUGCGUGUCAGUGAAUUUUAGCCCGUCUCUAAAAGUUCCACAGGAGGAAAUGAUUUAGCCCGACUUUCUUCCUUCCAUCUGUCCUUGUUUUCUUCUCGUCUCCGUCUGUAAAUGUGCGAGCUCCUCCUGUGAUCCCUAUUUAAAGCCGACUCGCUUUCAGAUCAGCGUUUGUUUUGUCUUUGACUGUUUACAUGCGGCGGGUUCAGGACGAGACAGCGAAGCCCAAAAAAAGGAGAAGAAUCACUGCCUUUUGGUUAAUUCUUUAUUUUUACUUUGAUUUUUUUUUUUUUUUUUAGCAUUUUAUAUAUAUUGUACCGCUUCUGUUCUGUUUGUUUCUAAUUAUUAUAUUUUGUAAAAAAAAAGACAAAUUAAGUUGAACAGUGGAAAUGUUCAGAUGCUGCUGUGUUAGUUACUUUGGUGACUGGUGCAGCUUGUUGAGCGGUGAGGACGAUCACAUGUUUUAAUGUAAUGAGUGAAAUUGUGAAAUGUUGAUGUACAGUAAAGGUUAAAGUGGGAGAAACUGAA